AGAAUUCUGAGAAGCUCUCACUGGACUUCUCAUAGUGGACAAGGAUGGCCGUUCAGGACACGAGCGAGGCAUACUUUCGGCUUGCACAGCCUUCAAAUUUACGUGUCUCAAUUUUGGACGACACAGGUUCCAAGAAUACACUAUCGCGCCGUUACUACCGGAUUCGUAAACCACAGUCGGCUGUCGCGAAAGAUGUGGCUCAAUUCUGAAGUACACCCUUUGAAAAGGGCGGCUAGCUUUGUGGAACUGGCGACAAUCAAUCCGAGGGAUUUUGCGAGCCGCAAAGUCGAGCAACUGGUGAUUGACUGCUGCAAGCUAAACUCGUUGGAAGGGUUGCAGGCUGCGGAAGACAUUGCUGAUCGAUUGCUACUUGAAAAACGCCGUAUGAAGGCCCGAGGCUUAAAAAUUGUUGUACCGGCGAAAAUCUGGCAGAAGAUAAUUUACGGAUGGGCAGUCCUCGCGGGACGUCAUCGAGUGGCGCAGUUUCGAAUCAAAGAGCUUGUAAAACGCGUCGAAGCGGAGGCUGUCAAAGAUCGAGCCGAAUUUUCUCUCCCAGAACAUUCAAUAAAUACGUCAAACCGAAGAACGAUUUUGAGUGAGCCGGCGGUCGAUAUGUACAACACAGUACUGUUAGGAAUCGCCAAUGCAUCUCGGUUGUCAAAAACGUCCGCGACGGAAGUAGACUCUGUGCUUGAUUAUAUGGUUCGUCUAAAUGAAAAAUUCGGGUGGCAUACCAAGCCGAACACAAGGAGCUAUACCAACGCCAUUUCAGCUUAUGCCCAAAGCGGAGGGCUCGGUGAUGGAGACAGAGCAAUGGCAGUUCUGCAGAGGAUGAAAAAGGCGCAACAAACGGAAAAAUAUCUGUACGAAGAACAGUACGGUGUUCUGUAUAAAUUCGAUGACGAAUCGAGCAACAAACGCAAAAUUGUUACGACUGAUACCGUUGUGUAUACAGUCGCGAUGAAAGCCAUUACCAGAAGUGGGGCUCAUCCCGAAAAAGCCCUGGAUCUUCUUCGUGAAGUCACGGAAUGCGAAGGAGGGCCGGCAAAUGCGGACGCUCUUUUAUUCGCCAGUGCUAUUGCAGCUUUUCGUCGUUAUGUAACAAAGUGUUCUGAUGUGAGUGAGAGAAGAAAACUUGCUAAGGGAAGCGAGGAGGUGUUAAGGAUGAUGCUUCAAUAUGAGACGAUCUCCACCGACUUGAGCGAUGGCGCGCGAGGAGCCUUCAAUGCAUGUCUUGCCGUGUGGGCUGGUUCUGCUCUACCAGAGUCCCCUUUGCGGUGCCGAGAGAUUAUUCAGAGCAUGAUCGAACAUCGGAUCGGACCAGAUACCAUUUCGCUGAACACCUGCUUACACGCGUGGCUGAAGGCAAGCCGUUUACACAGGAACGCAGCCAAAAGCGCGGUAGAGCUUCUUUUUUCCCACGUCAGUCUCGCAACGACGAACCCAAAGUCAUCCAUUGCAGACUUUCAAUCAUAUGCAUUGGUAAUACGCGUUUUGGUGAGCGCUCGAGGAGAUCCAACAAGGCUUGUUCAGGCGAGAGAACUCCUCCAGAACCUUAUAAAUGAAGUGAACCUUGGGCGAAUGAAGACGGCGGAAAAAUCUCCAGCUCCCUUUACGGCAGUGCUCAUAGUUGCUUCUGAAAUGCCAUCUUUGGCCAAAGUCUCAUCUCUAGAUACUGAAGUCUUUCAACGUGAUGAUUCCAUACUUGAACAAGACGCCUUUUCCAUUGCUUGCCGAACAUGGGAUGAGCUAAAGGACGACAGAUUUGGUCUUGGGAUUGCUCCUGAUCAUCACGCCUACAGUGCCUUUCUCAAAUGCAUCAAACGACACUGCCCCGAAAAUUCUUCGGAACAAUCGUUUCGGGUCCGCUCUAUAUUCUCUGACGCCUGUGAAACCGGGCACGUGAGCAAGCUCGUCUUGAAAGUUCUAGAACGCUUCUCGAAUUGGCAAAAUAUCAUUGGGGUGGAAAAGGGUACAAAAGUGCGAGGGCUGCCGAAUUUCUGGUGGAGAAACGUUGCGAAAGAAUGGAUCGACUAG